GGCCGUGCGGCCGGGCCCGAAGGCGCUCGGGGAGCAGGGCGGGCCGGCAGCGGUGGCCGCAGUCCCCGCCUCUCCAGCGGGCUGCUCGGCGAAGGCCGGGCCGGGAGGAGCCGCUCACCGGCGCUGCGGCCCGCCGGAGCCAUGAGCUCCCACCGCAGCGAGACCGACUGGCAGGGGUUGCUGAGCGAGACAAAGCGUGAAAUGUAAUUCACCAAACCUCUAUGAGGGGCCAACAGGCUUUGGAGCCACUAGUUUCACAGCUUUUCUUAAUGUGGACAAAUGCAGUGGCUGUAGGGAAGAACAAAGUGGAGCAGGUAUUCUGAGGUCCCUGGUUGGUUGGGUUGGCAUUGUAACAACUUUGACAUUUGGAAAAUGAAAUGAGAAUGCUAAAAGAGCUGGCACUGUGAUUUACUGUGCUCCAAAAUUCUCAGGAGCUGUGGGAGAGUGCUAUGAAGACCUGCAUGCUGGACUUCUGGGCAACAAAACAAGUGUUGCUUUUCAUGUUUCCUUGUUUCAGGUUGGACUAAGAGACCCACAGGGAUGUUGUGAAACAGAGAGAAAUUAAUAAUGUAAUUGGAGGCACAGCAUACAAAACUUUUAAGGGCUGGGCCACAUUGCACAGAAGUGUUAACUACUAAAUUGUGGUAUUCCUAAAUGGCCAAUGAAGAGGAUGUGGUGUAGUAUGGUCAUCAAGAUGUUCUUGAGGAACAUGAUGUUCUGAGGAGCUGCUUAUAUCACUUCUGUCAUCACUGAAUGAUACCAGCCUGCUUUGUGUUUCAGCAGCCAAGAAGCAGCCAGUGAAGCAAGAACUGGGCAGCAGGAAAAGCAGGGUUGAUAUGGUGGAAUAAAACCAAGGUCACUGCAUUGUUUCCGGUUUUAUCAGAGAAAAAUCACAUCAGGAAGGGAGAUGGCAAGCAAAUGGCCAGUAAUUGUGUAUUUCUCUGGAUCUGAGUGCUUGACUCUUUCAGAUAAGUUAACAGUUUAAUCUGAAGUCGAGGGGAGCAACGUUAUAGAAACACAGUCAACAAAUAUUCCAAACAGUGAGAUUGCAAUGCAUUUUGGGACCCUUCAGUUUCGACAACAAAAUUGUCUCCAAGAGUACAGUUGGGAGAAAUUUGAUAAAGGCAGUUCGGUAGCAGUUGGAUCUCUUAUUAAAAGAUGUAUCUGGUGUGCAAAAGGAAGCUCGAAAGUAAAAAGGAGGCAUUGCUAAUCCUUUCCAAAGAGCUGGACACUUGUCAACAAGAAAGAGACCAGUACAAACUUAUGGCCAACCAGCUGCGGGAACGACACCAGUCUCUGAAAAAGAAGUAUCGGGAGCUGAUUGAUGGGGAUCCAUCGCUUCCACCUGAAAAGAGGAAACAGGCAAAUCUUGCUCAACUGCUGAGUGAGGCUCAAGAUCGAAAUAAACAUCUUGGAGAAGAGAUUGGAGAGCUCCAACAGAGACUGGGAGAAGUACAAGGGGACAAUAAGCUCCUUCGAAUGACCAUAGCAAAGCAAAGACUGGGAGAUGAUGAAGUUGGGGCUCGCCACUUUGCAGCACAUGAACGGGAGGACCUUGUUCAACAGUUGGAGAAGGCUCGAGAACAGAUUGAGACUCUGAGAUAUGAUCUUCAGGCUGCACUGGAUGAGUUACAGGAUGUGAAAGAGGAACGCUCUGUUUACCAAGAUAAGUCUGACAGACUAAACCAAGAGUUGAAUCAUGUCUUAGGAGGGCAUGAAAACCGUAUCAUUGACAUAGAUGCUCUGUGUAUGGAGAACAGGUAUCUUCAAGAGAGAUUAAAACAACUUCAAGAGGAAGUCAACCUUCUGAAGUCUAGUAUUACUAAAUAUAAGAAUGCACUAGAGAGACGAAAAAAUUCAAAGACUCAUAGUAGAUCCAGUAGCAGUGCUCUGACUGGAGUCCUUUCUGCAAAGCAAGUCCAAGAGUUGUUGUCGGAGGAUCAUGGAUGUAGCCUACCAGCCACACCACAGUCCAUUUCAGAUCUCAAAUCACUGGCCACUGCAUUACUGGAAACCAUCCAUGAAAAAAACAUGGUCAUACAACACCAAAGGCAAACCAACAAAAUUCUAGGUAAUCGAGUGGCCGAACUGGAAAAGAAAUUAAGAACUUUGGAAAUCGCUGGCUUAUGGAGUCUUCCAGGCCUGAGCUACAAUGUCUCAGUGGGAUUUGGGAGUGGGAAGGAUACGAUAACAUUCAGUGACCCAACCCUGCCUGUGAUACAGCGGUCCAGGUCACCGUUGUUAGCGUUCACUGAUAAGCCACAGAGAACUGAAGUACAAGCAGAACAGAAGGGAGAACGUGAUGAAACUUACGCUGUUGCAAGUGAGUCCCUGGCUCCAGAGGGAACAAACUUAAAUAACAGAAACCAAAAUAAACAUUUUUACCCUUCAUUACCCCAGCUACCUUCUGAGGAAGAAGACAUAAACAAGCUUGGAAGUCAGAUAAUUAAACUGGCAGUUGCAGAACUGGAAGGGAAAAGAGAAGGCGCUCCUGUGAGGGAGCAGAAUGUGGGAGUUGGAGCAGAGCUUAAUGAUUCAUCAGAGGCAGAGUUCCCACUUUCCAGCCCUGAUCCAUCUGACCCCACAGAUCCCUCAAACUCUGAGAAUGAACGAACAGGUGAAACUGAGGCCCUUAAAGACAAUGACAAAACCUCAGAGAGAGAUUGUGAAACUCCAAAUGAAAGAGGGGAUCAAAAUAACAGCACCAUGGAUGUGGUGGUGCGUACUGAGGACGCUGGAAGGCACAGAGGGCUCAGUCUUACAACUGCAGACACAAAUAACAGCUUUGAGGAGCUUUCUGAAUCUGAAAACAAGAAACCAUCUGAUGCUGCUGAAAACCGUGAAUAUUUGGAUAACAGUUUGGCUUGAGCUCAUCUCAUGAAAAUGAAGGGAGUUAUUUCACCAGAUGCUGAGAGCCCAAUUUAAUGAAGCUCUGAAGGAAACACCAUCAGAGAAGCCAGAAGUCUUACCGUGAGAAACAGCAAUGCUGUUCCAAAUCAAGGAAAACAGCAAGAGGAGAACCAGUGGUGUCCUCACCAACUACUUGGCUCUGUCAAUUUCUGGAAUUGCAUUCCUCUUCUUACAGGAGUUGGAAUGGGCCCUUGGGCUUAGUUAAUGGGUGAUAGAUUUUAGCCUACCCCAUCUGUGCUCUCCUUUCUAAAGGAAUUCUGUGUCUUUUUUAUUUUCUUAUUGUUUGGAAUUAGGCAUAACUCUUCCUUUCCUCCUCAUUUCACCAGUCUAUGGUAUGAUAGAGGGAUUAUUUGCAUUGUUGCCACUUUGUUAAACUUCUUCUCUUGAAGAGGUUUCAUCACAGAAAAAUGUUCCUAUAAUAACUGGGGAAAAGGGAGCUUCUGUGUCAUUCCCUAGCUUGGUCCUGAUGCUGGAGCUGUGCCACUCUGCUUCUAGGAAGGCAGCAACGAGGGAAUACUUAAUGUUGAAGUUAGCAGCUGUUGGGGAAGAGGAGGCAGGUCUUUCUUCUCCUGUUUGUAGCAUAAGGAAUAGUCUCUGCAGCUGUGAAGCUUCUAUGGGCCAGCAGCCGUCAAGGCAAUUUUUCUGCUGGCUUGGGACCUAAUUGUCUGUAAAUGUUCAUUUCUCACUCCUAGAACUUAAAACCAAUCAGAGAAAAUUAAAGCAAAUUUAAUAAAAUACUACUAAUAAAAAGGAAAAUCUCUCCCAGAUUGAGUACUUCUUUGACAAAUAACUGCCAGCUGCAAGUUUUUACAGCCCACUUGUCAGCUACUGAAUAAAGAGAGUUUAUAUUACCAGUACUGACAAACUCUCCUGUAUGUGUAAGAUGAGCUAGCAUGUGCUGCCAUAAUCAAGGUGUUAGAGUCCAUGGAGGGUUUGUAUUCAGCAGAAGAAAGGCUGUAUGUAAAUUACUACAUAUAAAUAUAAGCAAUGAUAGUUGGAAGGUGAAAAGUGUGGCUUGUCUCUGUUCUCAUGUGUUUUCCCUAGCAGGUGCAUUCGUGUAACCCUUUUAGUGUCUGUCUGCAGGAUAUAAAGCCAUACUUACAGUGCUCCUCAAAUAUGUUUACUUUGUGUUUACGGGUAAUUGGACAUUGCAGCAUUCCACUAAUGUUAAGCAGCAGUCCUUAGGAAUGAAAGUGCUAUAAAUAUUUAAGCAUAUUAGGGACAUGAAGCAGUGAAAAGUUUUUAUUUUGUUAUCCUGAUCACUGUUAAAAUUCCUCAUUACCUGAAAAAAAACCAAGAAGAGUUUAAGUGUUUGAAAGAGUGUUAAGCUGUUCCCAGUAAUUGCAACUGACUGCAUUACUGACUCAUUUUUGUGACAGUCAGAAGAAAAAUAGCUGUAGGAACUAAAAUCUCCAGGAGAAUGCGCAGGACUUUUUCCCUCUAAUGCCUAAAUGUCACAUGAAGUAGCAUUUUAUUUGAGAUGUAUUUUUUCCGUCUUUCACAGACUGAUCCUGCACAGAGCUAAAUAUCAAUGCAGUCAGAACUGAGGCAAGCAAGUUAGAAGGUCAAGAUUUCAUAUAGUUGAGCUCAGAAAUGUUGAGGGUCUUUUACUAUUUCCCUGUCCCGUCUUUCCUGACCCAGAGAUGUGCAAAUGAGCAUUUUUCUCAUGCUCCCUUAACAGCCAGUUAAUGCUAUUAGUUAAUGAAGAGCAUGGUGUAAGGUUGAAGCAUUGCUGCAUCACCAGCUUUUUAGUGCCUCAUUUGCUGAUUGUUUUCAGUAUAUCUUUUCUGUGAGAGCAUACUGAUGUACAAUCCAACAAUUAGGGCAUCUUAGUAAUUGUCCUCACACCAUUCUCCCUCUUAGAUGCCAUUCUUAAAUCUUUGCAAUCGCUAAAGUCCAGUAAGAUACACAGAUCUCAGAAAACGUCAUUUCCAGUGUGAUGCCACUGCUGCAAUACUGCCCCUCUCCUUUCUGCUCUAGCAAAUAUGUAUCCUAGCUACAUUUUUAGCCUUCUCCCAGGAACACAAGACUUCAAAGCAAGGAGACUUGUAAAAGUAAGACAUUGUUGCUGCACUAGGUAAUAAGUAAUUAAAUAUUGUUGUCAGUAUCUUCCUCGGAUAUUGCUUUAAUUGAUAUUGUUGAGCUAUUAUAGCAAUGAUUAUUUUUUUCCCAGUAAAUUUAACUAGUGGAUUUUUGUGGAUUCAACACAAACUUAGAUUUGGAGGGGUGGUGUUUUUUGUCUUGUGUUUUGUUUUGUUUUUUUUAAAGACCUGUGUUCCCUUUUACUACUACUUUGCCAGUGCAGAAAUCACAACCAGACAUGUAAGCCAUGUUGGUGUUGGGCUUUGGGGAAGCAAACUGGGAAGGGAAUUUUGUGGCAGGAGUAUGGAGAAGCUGCAUUUCACAAACUGAUUUUAAGGAGGUUGUCUUACAUGAAAGUGAAGUCAUGCAUUAUCUGUGAGAAGGACUUCAUUUGAAAGUAUGAUGUUGUGGUUAUUGGAAAAACGAUGUUCACUGAAUUUGUAAAAUAAGUGUGUGAAAAUGACAGAUUAAGAAGCAGCUUUUAGAAUGCUGCUUCUUUUCUAAGUGAGACUAUUUUUAAGCAUAUGGGAAUUUGUGUAGGAAAGACAGUGGAAGUUCUUUAAUCCCUAUGAGCUCAGGAAUGUAUUUCAAAAUCUUAACUGAGACUAAGUUGAAAAUCUGCUACAUUUCUAAAAGAUAGCAUUUUGUUUACCAGCUUCUGUUUUGUAGUUUGCUUUCUAAAUUAUGGAGUUUAAUUUAUUUGCAAACCACUUUUUUGUUGCUGCCUGGAUUAACAGCACAACAGCACAACAUGGUUAAACGAUAUUAAUAAAUUUUGUCAUCUUUAAUAAAAACAUUUCCUGAUAUA